GCGACGCUGUCUAACGAAGGAGUCAAACCGUAGAGGACAAAACCUCGCACACGGAGCUCCUUCCUCCUAGUAGCGUCUUUGCUUUUGACGAAGGGGAAAACCAGAAACAAAAGUUCGCCUUUUCUCGAUCUGCCGGACUCGCUUCAUUCGCACGAAAUCCUCAGAGCAGGUAAGGUAGGGCUUGGAGAGUCUAAUUGGGAGAUCAUCGACGGCUGGUCAAGAAGAUGUGGGCUGCUUCCUGUCUCGCGUCGUGCUGUGCGGCCUGCGCUUGCGAUGCUUGCCGCACCGUCGUCUCCGGGAUAAGCCGGAGGUCUGCAAGAAUCGCCUACUGCGGCCUCUUCGGUCUCUCUCUCAUCGUCUCCUGGAUUCUCCGCGAGGUUGCGGCGCCCAUGAUGGAGAAAAUUCCAUGGAUCAAUCAUUUUCAUAAGACGCCUGAUAGGGAGUGGUUUGAAACCGACGCUGUCCUGCGUGUUAGUUUGGGAAAUUUCGUGUUCUUCACCAUUCUGGCUAUUAUGAUGGCGGGUGUUAAGAGUCAGAAAGAUCCUCGGGAUAGUUUGCACCAUGGUGGAUGGAUGAUGAAGAUCAUCUCUUGGUUCCUAUUAGUGAUCUUUAUGUUCUUUGUGCCAAACGAGAUCAUCAGCUUCUAUGAAUCAAUAUCCAAGUUUGGUUCUGGAUUGUUCCUUCUUGUUCAAGUUGUGCUUUUGUUGGAUUUUGUUCACGGAUGGAAUGAGAAAUGGGUUGGAUAUGAUGAACAGUUUUGGUACAUAGCGCUGCUCAUUGUGUCGCUUGUUUGUUAUGUAGCAACAUUCGUUUUCUCAGGGUUUCUCUUUCACUGGUUCACACCUUCUGGGCAGGACUGUGGAUUCAACACCUUCUUAAUCGUUAUGGCCCUGAUUCUUGUGUUUGUUUUUGCACUUGUUGCACUUCAUCCUGCUGUGAAUGGAAGUAUUUUGCCGGCUUCAGUGAUAUCUCUGUACUGCAUGUAUCUCUGCUAUAGUGGACUUUCAAGUGAGCCAAGAGACUAUGCAUGCAAUGGUCUUCACCAUUCAAAGGCUGUGUCAACUGGCACUCUUACUCUUGGUCUCCUCACAACUGUUCUGUCAGUUGUAUACUCUGCUGUCCGAGCUGGUUCUUCUACCACCCUACUUUCUCCCCCUAGCUCUCCCCGUGCAGGUAAUAUAUUGAGUAAGCCACUGCUGCCCAUGGACAGCAAGGACGAUGAGCAUGAAGAGAAAGAGCACGCUAAGCCUGUCUCAUACUCGUACUCUUUCUUCCACAUUAUCUUUUCCCUGGCUAGCAUGUAUUCGGCAAUGCUUUUGACUGGUUGGUCGACCUCAGUCGGGGAGAGUGGAAGAUUGGUCGAUGUCGGGUGGCCAUCUGUGUGGGUCCGAGUCCUUACAGGAUGGGCUACUGCUGGUCUCUUUAUCUGGUCGCUGCUUGCUCCAAUUUUGUUCCCAGAAAGGGAAUUCUGAAUCUGAGGCUGCUUCACUCGGUGGUCUGGGCGCUAUGGUGUUUUCUACAUGACCGUUGCAUCUGUGUGUAUAUAAUAUGACUCAGGAUUUCUAAAUGUCCGAAAUGAAGGCACAGAGUCUUGCCAACUACUGCUUGUUGUGAUGUAAUCGACCGACUAUGGCUCUCUAAACAACCCGAACUGCUGAAAUUGCUUUGAGCUUUAUGUGCUUCUUGUAUCAGUGUUUCGAUUGACAUUUGCAUCUCGCCUUUAUCUCUGUUGAAGUGCAUGUUUUGUGUGUUUGGAAAAUGAGUGUCGAAGUCACCAUUAGCUCAAUCAAUGCAAUGGAUGCGGUAUUGGAUUAGCGACAAUGGUAGCAUAAGAGGGAACAAAAUUGUGA